AGCGCGAAUCGAUUCUGUACCGCAGUCGGGUUUGGAGCUUGAAGAUGGCGGACAAAACUAAGGUUACUGAGCAAUAUUACGCGCCGCCGCCCGACCUAGGAGGAUGGGAGUCUUUCAGGAUCUUCCUAUGGAACUCGGAGACGGGACAGUUCCUUGGACGCACUGGAUCGAGCUGGGCCAAAAUCCUGCUAUUCUACUUGAUCUUCUACGCGUGCCUGGUGGGCUUCUUCGCCGGGCUUCUAGCCGUCUUCUACCAGACCCUGGACAUGAAGGUGCCUAAGUGGCAGCUGGACAGCUCCAUCAUCGGCAGCAACCCUGGUCUUGGAUUCCGGCCGACGCCCGAGACGUCCAACGUGGAGAGCACCCUGAUCUACUACAGAGCCAACGACAAGGGCUCCGUGCUCAAGUGGGCUAAGGUCAUCGACGAGUUCUUGUACACUUACCGCCGCAAGGGCAGCGGCAGCGGCGAGGUGCCCGGCGCGGAGAACCGUGUGUCCUGCGGCUUCAACUCGGGCCCGCUGGGCGAAAAGCAGGUCUGCGACGUGCCCGUCGACGACUUCAAACCCUGCACCCCUGGCAACGAGUACAACUAUGCGCAAAGCGCGCCCUGCGUGUUCUUGAAGCUCAAUAAGAUUUUCAACUGGAAGCCGAACCUGUACAACACCACCGACGACCUGCCCGGCAACAUGCCAGAAGACCUUAAGCAUCACAUCAAAUCUAAAGCCGGCCAGAAUGAAGCAAACAUGGUGUGGGUGUCCUGUGAGGGUGAGAACUCCGCUGACAAGGAGAACAUCGGGCCGAUCAUCUACAUCCCGCAGCGCGGGUUCCCUGCCUACUACUACCCCUUCACCAAUAAGGAUGGCUAUCUCAGCCCGCUGGUCGCUGUGCUCUUUGAGAAGCCAAGGACGGGCGUCCUGAUCAACAUCGAGUGCAAGGCGUGGGCCAAGAACAUCUUCUACGACCACUACGAGCGGCGCGGCUCAGUCCACUUCGAGCUGAUGGUUGACAGCGCUUAAGCAACCAGCGCGGCGCAGGCGGCAACCGCGCAGCCCUGCCACCAAGACUGCUGAAUGAGUGUGUGAUUGGUGGAUUAACCACUCCUUUUCACUGUGGUUCUUAACUGGUCAC